AUGCUUAAUGCACUUGAUCAUUUAUGUGAUUUAAAUGUUCAUGAUUAUGUUAUUAAACCAAGAACAUCAUUAAUAUUUACAGAAGAAGAUGAAGAUAACAAUGAAGACGAAGAUGAACAACAAAAAAAGAAUGAUAAUAAAGAAGAAAAUAAUGAGAGUAAUACGGUCAAUAGUGAUAGGGAUUCGAAUAGAAAUGCAGCUGAUGAUAAUAUACAUGGAGAAGAUCCAGAAAAUAUACAUUUGGAUAAAAAUAUUGAAAUAGUUUUUCCUUCUACAAGAACUGAAGAAUUAUUAACGUCAACCAAUUCACAACAGGGAUUUUUAGCAAAUUUUUUCAAGGAUUACCUUACAACAUUAAUGCGAUAUGAAGCGACUCGACAUCGAUUUAAAUAUGCAUGGAAACCACUUCCCUUCCACAUAGUGGUAAACGGUUUAGCGGGUUCCGGCAACUCCUAUGUGAUUUCUAUUAUCAAACAAAUGUUAUCUGACUUUUGUAUUAGUGAAUCAGCUAUUCGAAAUCGUCCACGAAGAAGAAAAGGAUUACUCAAAAUGGCUCACACUGGCAAAGCUGCAUUAAAUAUUCUUGGUUGGACUAUUCAUGCUGCUUUAGGAAUGCGUCCUGAUAAUACAUCAACACCAAAUAAUGCUCCAUCCUUUAAAAUACAUUCUCUUCGGAACAGACUUGACGAUUUAAUUUUCAUAAUUAUCGAUGAAAUCUCACUCGUCUCACAUAGUCUUUUUCAAAAGAUGAACAAACGUUUAAAUGAAAUAUUCGAAGUGGCUGACAAAAGUAAUGUUUAUUUUGGAAAUAUCCCAUAUUUAUUAUUUGGUGAUCUAGCUCAAUGUGAACCAGUUGCUGCAAAACAAAUUUUUUGGCAAGCUCCUGUAUCCGUUUCAGGAGAAUACAAUGAAGAAGAUGAAAAAGUUAUAAAAAGUAGAAGUAUUCGAAAAGAAGAUAAUCCAGAACAUUACAAAGAACGAUUAGCUGAAUUGCAAUCAACUGAUUUUGCUAAUGCUAGAUAUGUUGAAUGGUGUCUACCGAACUUAUCUGAAGUCGACAAAGUCUCAUCAACACCAUCAAAGAAACGUAAUAAACUAAUGUCAAGUUGUGAUGUUAAGGCAUUAAAAUGUGAACAUUCAACUUUAUUAACAACUAUGUCUCUCAGAAAGCCUGAAAAUAUUAUUAUUUGUGAGGAACACGAAAAGAAUUAUUGUGGAAGACAUGUUCUUCGUGCACUUGCACAACGACUCGAUCUAUUUAGCGAUGAAUAUUUGAUGGAGAUUGCUGAAAACAUAGCAGCUACGGAACAAAUAUGUCGAAAUGGAAAAUCAAUACGAAUUACAGAUGACUAUUAUGAAGGUCAUGGAGAUUAUGAUAUUCAAGUGCUACAACUUGCCCUUCAGCAUACAUUAAAUGUUCACCUUGUACAAAUUCACAAAUUAGAAACAAAUACUUGUCCCAUUCAGAAUCUAAUUCUGUCUAAUAGUCAAAAUAUUCAAGCCUUGCUUAUUCGAGAAGAUUAUCAUUAUUAUUAUUGUCUUCGUCGUUUCCAGUUGACAAAAAAUUAUUUUUUUAAAAUAGAUUCAAAGGAUUCAAUGCAUCAUCAACCUAUUCAUCGUCAAAACAUAUUGAACUUUCUAAGAACACUUCUGGAGUCUCAUUGUUCCAUCUACGUCAUUAUGCAACAUGAUCCAGAUAAUGUUAAUGAACAGCUUUCAACUGAUAAUAUUGAAGCAAAACUAUGGGCUUUACCUGACGCACCAGCUGAUCUUGAAAUUUUACCUGGGUUUUAUGAAACUGAAUAA